AUGGCCUAUCAUGUUGAGAGUCGAGUCAUGAGCUGGGCAAGAUGUUCGAUGAUGUCUCUGAUGAUGCUGACCUGGAGUGGCGCUCAGCCAGAUGUUUUGGUCUACACAGUGUUGAUGGAGCUCGGUGUUUCUCCAAGCGAAGCGGAGUUCAUGUCCCAGGACCCCUGUAGCGCCGAGGGUUUCUCCUGCGAUGAGGAUGGGCAAAUCAUUGGUUUGGUCUUCAGCUUUCGAAAACUGGGAGGCCGACUUCCCAAAGAGCUUGGGCAGUUGUUGAUGCUUCAGGAGCUAGAUCUCCCAGGAAACACGCUCAAGGGCAGCAUCCCCAAGGAACUUGCAGAUCUUCAUGGCUUGCGAAGGCUGAACCUUGGUGCAAACAACCUUGAUGGACACAUCCCGGAGGAGCUCGGAAACCUCACAGCGCUGGAGGAAAUCAGACUUGAAGGCAACGACUUGACCGGCCGAAUCCCCUGGAAGCUGGAGCGGCUGCGGAGAUUGCGAAAGCUGGAGCUGGCCUACAACCACCUCUCGGGCGAAAUCCCCAGAGAGCUUGGCCUGCUGGAGAGCCUCGAACAGCUUUCCUUGACCAAGAAUCAUUUUGAAGGUGACAUUCCCCAAGAGAUUGGGAGGCUGAAAGCUUUGGAGGUGCUUGAUCUUUCACAGAAUCUGCUGUGGGGAAAGAUUCCCAAAGAGCUUGGUCAGCUGUGGAGCAUGCGAGAGUUGGUCCUGAGCAGAUCGCGGAUUUCAGGAAAAAUUCCUCCGGAGCUUGGCCAUCUAGAAAAGCUUGAAAUUCUCGAUCUUGACCAGAACCACCUGGUUGGCCAGAUGCCCAAAGAGCUUGGGAAACUGAGAAGUCUCAGGCGUCUAGUUCUUUCGCAUAAUCGGCUGAUUGGCAACAUUCCCAAGGAGCUUGGUCAGCUGGAUGGUUUGCGGGAGUUGCAUUUAAACCGCAACCAGCUGACGGGAGGAAUUCCCAAAGAGCUUGGGGAACUUCAGCGCUUGAGGGCUAUUGACUUGUCCCACAACAAACUCAGCGGCAACAUUCCCAAGGAGCUUGGCCUGCUCGAGGCUUUGUACUGGCUUAGCAUGCAGAAGAACCAGAUUUCUGGCCAAGUUCCGAAGGAGCUUGGCCAGCUUCGGUCUUUGUAUUAUCUGGAUCUUCGAGGGAACCGGCUGCAAGGGGAGAUCCCCAGAGAAUUGGGGAACUUGGAGGAGCUCUGGUGUUUGGAUCUCUUUGGCAAUCGGCUAACAGGGAAAAUCCCCCAGGAGAUUGGCCGGCUAAAGGCCUUGAGUACCUUGGACCUGUCCCAGAACUGGCUGAUGGGUGAAGUUCCCAAAGCGCGCAGUCUAAGAGAGCUCUACCUGGGAGGAAACCAGCUGACAGGAGGAAUUCCAGAAGAACUUGGCAAUUUGCAGACCCUGCGUGCAUUGAAUUUGGCUGAGAACCAGCUGCAGGGCGACAUACCUGAAGCGAUACGGAAGCUACGAGCACUGGAAGAGCUUUCCCUGUCAAAGAACCGACUUGGAGGGAACAUGAGCAGCAUUUCACUGAUGUUGAGUUCCAUGCGCCUCAGAGUUUUGGAUGUCAGCUACAACUCUUUUCGUGGAGAGGUUGAUUUAAACCUGUCUGCGGAAUCGUGCCAGGAUCUCCAACACAUGGAUUUGAGCCACAACAAGUUUUGUGGGAGUCUUUCCAAUCUUGCAAACAUUUUUUGCAAGUUGAGCCCCAUUGGGGGAUCAUUGCAAGAGCUUCGCCUCAACCACAACAAGUUUUCAGGUGAAGUGCCAGCAUGUUUGAUGCAGUUCCGCCAUUUGACUCUUCUUGCUCUCAACAACAAUCGUUUACAAGGGUCCUUUCCUGAAGUGCAUGCUCCAGAGCUAGUGGUGCUGGCUCUGCACAAGAACAGGUUUUCGGGCACCCUUCCUAGAAGCCUUCACACCCUAAGGAACCUGGGAGUGUUGACUCUUCAUGAGAACUCCAUCGGGGGCUCCAUCAGCGACAUUCGCUUGACAGCGAUAUGCAUGGAUAACUCCAAGUUCAGGCAGCAGGCCCUCUCAUGUAAAGGUUGGAAGCGAGUGGCGCGGUUCCAGCAGCAUUUCCAACGCUUGCAACACUUCGAAGAGCUACAACUCAGGGAAAACUGCCCAACACUCUUUGGAUGCCCUUUGAAUGGCAAGGCCUACAUCACCUUGCACCGCAACCGAUUCUCCUGUGCAGUUCCUGAUCGCAUUGCUGCCAAGGCAACAGUCACUGGCCUAGUCAUCAUGGGCAACAUGCUAGGGUUUGGACGUGAGCUAAACUCUCCUUGGAUCCUGCCAGAAGAGAAACACUCCUUCCUGUACUACUCUGACGGCGUUUGGAAAUCCAAUCUGAAAGUUCUUUGUGGCGUUCUGAUAUUGCUUUCCUUUGCAGCUUUGUGCUAUCCAUGGCGGCAGAGGCUUCACGACGCAUCCCGGAACUUGACCUUGUCGAGCACAGCUUGGGUUGCAUCAUCCAACUUUGCGCUGCUGAAAACAUGCCGGAGCACCUGUUUGUUUGCCAGUCCACUUCUAUUGCUGUUGUGGCAUGGGGGCAGCUACUACGAAUGCAGCCCGCCAUUGUGGCGAACCACAUCUGCAAACUUCCAAGCUCAGCCUGUGGUGGAGCUUUGUGUGAUCGGCAACUGGUGUGUGAUGCUUUUCUUUUUUCGGACAGUCUUGGCUAGCAUGCCAGCAGCGCCCAACACUAGUAGCAGCAUGCCAAACUUGAACAACCCAUGGAGGUUCAAGCGGGCUCGACAGUUUCUGGCGUGGUUUCUUUGGGUGUGGAUGGUUGCACUUUCCUCCCUGCCAUCGGUGUUGUACGCAUUCUCCAACUCAUUGCCCGCGAACAACACGCUUGGCAUCAGUGAUGCGCUGCUGAGUUUCGUCCACAGCACUGCCCCUGUCCUCACUGUGUUGAUUGACAUGGUCGUUGCAGUGAGAAAAUCAACCCGGUACUCGAGAUUGACUGGAAUCAAGGCAGAUAAACUCUUAAUGACAUUCCGGCUGGCUUCGGCGUGGCUCUUUCCGUUGCUGACCACGAUCAUAUUGGAUGAAAACUGUAUCUCUGCAUGGAAAUGGACUUGGACAGUUUGCAAAACUGGGUCGCCACAGCACCACUAUUUUGAUCUGAAGAUCUACGAUGAAGAGAUUCUGAAUACGCAGACAGAUAUUUGCAAUCUGAGCGAGACUUGGUGGUCGGAUGGCCGCUGCAGCCGUGCGAUUGUGGGGAAUUUGACACCCUUUUUGCUGCAAAAGUGCCUUCUACGAAGCACGUUGCAACCAUUGGCCUUGCUGUUCAUGUGGCAGUUUUCGCGGUUGGAACGGCACGAGGAUCGACAGCAAGGAUGUCACUUGAGGCUGUUUGGUUGUGGUCCUAGAGCCAGCAGCUCUUUAGCGCCCUUGCAGCAAAUGUCGCUGCUGACCACACAGCUGGAACUAUUGAUUUUUUGGAGUCCUUUGGUUCCUUUGCUCAGCGUGGGUAUCCUAGGUGCUGGCAUCGCAAACUUGCUGAUGUUCGAUCUUGGUGUUUGGACCUUUGGUGUGAAACUUCCUUCUGAUGACAUAAACAGAGGCGCCAGAAUAUCGCGCUCCUACCUGGGCUUUGCGCUCUGUGCAGGCUGCUGCUUUCAGAUUUGGCACGCCUUCAGCUCAAAGAUGUAUGGUAGAUAUUUGCUGCUGUUUUUCAGCAUGGCCACAAUGGGGCCUUGGGCCAAGCGCUUCUUGCCGCUGGAAAGGGCCAGGUACCACCUCUGGGAUGAUGGUGACAAGGUCAGUGAGACUCAGAUCAUUGAGAUGUCAAUGAGGACAACCACAUCUGAACCUGUUAUGACUUGA